GGAAUGCACUUAAAUCAACAUGGUCUAUACACCAAUGUUAUGCGUGAUGCGAAAGAUGUAAAAUAUAAUAAAGGCACUCUUAUUGCUCAAAGAACCGAACAAGAAAUAUUUGACGCGUUGGGUGUUCCUUAUCGGGAGCCGGAUGAUGUAACGCUGUCAGAGAAAGAGAACAUUAUCAUGGAGGAACUUCUCACAGAAAGCCGCCCUUCUAUAUCUUCCACAAAAGAAACAAAAACCACCAUCUGUAACGGGGAUCAACAUCGGGUGAAGUUCCUAGAACAAACAUGGUUCCCGACUCAAUCAAAAUACAUGACAUAA